AUACAUGUAUUUAUUUAAAACAUUGUACAAAGGAGGUGAAGUCUUCUCUUUCCUCCUCUCAGCAUCAAACCCCCGACACUUUAGUGUUGUAAUCGAAGGUCAGACUACUGCUUGUAGCUGAUUGGUCCGAUCACUUUAAGCCCCGCCUUUUGUGUCUCAAUAAAGUUUUCCCGUCCUCUGAUUGGACGUCACAUCUACCAGUCAAGUGGCUCAGAACCAAUCAGGAGCGUUUGUCCUUUUGACUCGCGUCACGCACGCUGGCCGGUCGCUAGCGCAAAAAUCCAAGAUGUCGACCGCGUCUGUGCUCCCCAUGUGUGUCCGGACGGGUCGCGGCCUGCUGAGGCUCCGCAGCGGGACUGCGGGAGCCGCCGCCCCGGCAGUGCUGCACGUCAUCCGGACGCUCUCCUCGGAGAAGCCGCCGGCCGGGGCGGGCGGCGCGACGGGCGGCCUGGCUCAGGCGAUCCUCCAGGAGAGACUGCAGCAGCAGCAGAGUCAGGGCCAGCCCCCACCUCCUCCCCCAGAGGGCGAGAAGGAGGGAGAGCGGGCGGAGGACAAGAAGGAGAACACCGCCUACGCCAAGAAGAUGGUUCUGCGCUUGGCGGGCCUCAUGGGGCUGGGCGGGGCUGUCAGCAUCGUCUACAUCUUCGGAGCAAACUCUGUGGAUGAACAGGGCAUCCAGAUUCCAGAUGAGUUCGACUCAGACCCUCCAGUUGUCCAGCAGUUGAGGAGAACCUUCAAAUACUUCAAGGAUUACAGACAGAUGAUCAUCGAGCCAACGAGCCCGAAACUGCUGCCCGACCCGUUGAAGGAGCCGUACUACCAGCCGCCCUACACCCUGGUGCUGGAGCUCACAGACGUCCUGCUGCACCCGGAGUGGUCGUUGUCGACGGGUUGGCGCUUUAAGAAACGUCCGGGCAUCGAUUACCUGUUCCAGCAGCUGAUGCAGUACUACGAGAUCGUCAUCUUCACCGCCGAAACCGGCAUGACGGCGUAUCCCCUGAUUGACAGCAUCGACCCGCAGGGUUUCGUCAUGUACCGCCUCUUCAGAGACGCCACGCGCUACAUGGAGGGCCAUCACGUGAAGGACGUGUCGUGUCUGAACCGAGACGGCAGUAAAGUGAUCGUGGUGGACUGCAAGCGGGAGGCGUUCAGCCUGCAGCCCUUCAACGGCCUGGCCCUGAAGAAGUGGGACGGAAACUCCGACGACCGGACGCUCUACGACCUGGCCCACUUCCUGAAAGCCAUCGCCAUAAACAAAGUGGACGACGUUCGCUCGGUUCUGGAGAACUACGCUCUGGAGGACAACCCCAUCGAGGCGUUCAAGCAGCGGCAGGCUCAGCUGGCGCAGGAGGAGGAGCAGCGUCUGGCCGAGCUGGCGCAGCAGAAGAAGCAGGGACUCUCGCUCGGCUCCAUCGCCUCCCGGUUCUGGCGCUCCAAACAACAGUGACCCGUCACACUUCCACCGAUCGCAGCCCUGCGCUGAGGAGUGGGCGGGGACUCGCGUGCCGAGUCUUCUCUAUUGAGCGGUCAGUGGGCGGGGCUUCUGCGUCCUGCUGCAGACCACGCUAACGACCAGAAAACCUCCCGGCUCUGGCAAGUCUGGGCUUCAGUGGUCCCUGCCUCCUUUCAGAGUGUCACAUGAUGCCCUUUCUGAGCUGCUGGUUGGGUGAAAAGGAAAAGGGGGAGUGGCAGAUGGAACUCUUGCUGAUCAGAGACUGAUCCAGGACCAGCGCCCCCCGCCACACCCACAGGGACCUGAGAUCAGCAGUGUUACUCCUAGAAUCUGUUAUUGUGCUUUCUGUUUGUCUGUGCUGAUGGGGGGAGGGGGAUCAUGUUUAUAAGAAGUAAAUAAAUAAUAAAUGGGAUUUUCAAGA